AAUGGAAGGUAGCCGAUGAAAUUAGAAGGACCUGAAUUGUGAAUAAAGUCCAAAUAGUAUAGAGAAAAGGAACAGUUUAAAGGAUGAGACAGUGUUAGGGAAAUAUUUAGAAGAGUUUGAGGACGAAGUUAACGUAUUUGUGACGAUAAUCAGCUCAGUGGUAAGCUCCGGGGACGCUAAGGCAAUGUAAGACACCUGCGGAAAGCCACCGGGCUUCACGAGGAACAUUUCAACGAAAUUCAUUGGGAAUCAACCAGAUAAAAUUGUUCAAUGAAGUGUAGAACAUUAAGAAGCUGUGACAGAAUAAGAUGGUUAUAAGAAUGUGCUACAGAGGGCUGAAUGGGCAUUAUUUCUCUGUAUUUCUGAGCUGUACUGAAGUAAUGGCUUUUCAUCUGCACUGGAUAUAACAGUUAUGAUGUCAUGGCUUGUUCACGAGAGCCUUUGUGAUGGCACAGUGUACCAUAUGAAGGGGAAGUAACAGUGACAACCUUAAGGCAGACCAUGAAGUUCUUCCUGUGUUUGUCUGUGGCUGUCUUGGCCGUGGCUGUGUCCGCAGCAGAGGACAAAAAGGAUGCUACCGCCACUGAGAGGCCCAAGACCUUCCGACGUCUAAUCCCCGCUGACGUUCUCAGGGACUUCCCAGGAGUAUGCUUUGCCUCCACUCGGUGUGCCACUGUAGAGCCUGGUCAGACAUGGGAGCUCUCACCUUUCUGUGGCCGUUCUACUUGCGUGAAACCAGAAGGCGAGGAGACUGGCCACUUGCUGGAGCUCGUGGAGGAUUGUGGCCCCCUGCCCAAACCCAAUCCUAAGUGCAAGCUCUCUGAAAAGACCAACAAAACUGCUUCGUUCCCUGACUGCUGCCCCAUCUUUGAGUGUGAGGCUGGAGCAACCCUGGAGUACCCUGAAAUUCCUACAGUGGCUCCUCCAUCAGCAGAGAAGAAGGAUGCCAAGGCUUAAUUUAUUCACUUUACUGAUACCUUCUCCUCCACACCUCCAAAAAUCUAUGAAAUUUCAUGUAACAACUAUAAUUCUUUGGACAAUGGUAUGCAAUAAGAAACGUAUUAAAAUAUGGUAAUAACCAUCCUUAUUUUGUUUUUGAAGAAUUUUAAGAUUUUUACCUGUUUCCAAAAUGUACUGUUCUCCACAGCAUUUCUUACAUUCUGAAAAACAUAUAAAAAAUGACUAGUUCUGGCAGUUUAAUAUAUGAGGCAGUCAUAUUUCCUCUUUGAGGUAAUACAUUAUUAUAAAUAAAAUUGAUUGUUUUGGAUCAUUGUUCAUAUGAAGUGUAUGUCAGUUUGCUUGGAAUGCUGUUCUCUGUCUCACAAUGUUUCAGGGAAGAAGUAAACAGCUUGAAGACAGAUGACAAAUUGAAUACAGCAGAACUGCAAAAUAAUAAUGCUACACAAACACUUUUCAGUUUAAUAAGUGUACACACACUCAUGGAGAAUAAGAAUAUACUUUAGUGUUGUUCACUGUUAACAAAUACAGUGUGAGUUUUAUUUAUAUUCUUGGGUAGCUGCACACCUGGUGGCUUUUGAAGAAGGGCUCAGCUCCAUGGAGCUAGGUGGAGUUUCAUUUACGCUUCGCACUUAAAUAAUUAUUUUAACAUGUCUGCUCAUCAUGAGGAAGAAUGUUACUGAAACGGCUCUUUGCAUCGACCAAUGCCACUGCUACUACCAGUUUCACAAAUUCUGUGGCAGGACAUAACAAAUAGUAUAUGCCAGAAGCAGUUAUUUAUACCACUGUUGAAUUACCAUUGUAUAGGCAACAAAUAUUUAACAAGGAGAACACUGUGUUCACAACUAGUAGUAACAUUACUAGUGUGUGUAUAUGGCUCCAUGAUUAGUUGAGGGGUGUAGAGGUGAUUUUUGCUCCAUCUCUUAGACCUUGUGAAAUAAACAGUAGAAUGCUGUAUCAUGUAGAACUCUAUAGGCUGUGAGCAAAAUGACUGUAACUGCCACUCUGUAUUUUGGAAAUUAAAAUCUGAAUAUUUCUCCUUUCAA